AUGAAGUGCGAAUGGGAGGGAUGCCAGAAAGAUAUUGAAGACAACGUAAGAGACCAUCUACUCUCUCAUAUAGAGAAGAACGAUGAGGCAAAGUGUUUGUGGAGGGGUUGCCAAAGAUAUGGAGAGGCCCAGGUUAGUAAGCACGCCCUUCUUGCACAUGCACGGAGGCAUACCGGGGAAAGGCCUUUUGAAUGCCAUCUGUGUGGAAAAGACUACACACGUAGUGAUCCCCUUAAAAAGCAUCUUCUUCGCCAUGAGGUUGCAGAUAGCAAAAAUGAGAACCUAAUGAUGAAAAUCGAAUAUCUAGGACUGCUUCUCACGGAAUAUCGCAGGGAAAGCCUGAGAAUCAUGAAUGAUAUUGAAUCCAUACGAUACAACAUCCAGACCAUGAACAGAAAGAUAGCCUACGAGAUUAAAAGAAACAAAUCUCCCUUAUAA